UUCAGUCAUAUCAGAUAGACCGUCCUACUAGUACAUCCCAAUGUUCAGUGGGAUUGUAAAAAUUAGAUUUAAACCGUCGUUUAUUAUAUGAACAAUAAUUAAGGUAGCUGUGAUGUGUGAUAUGAAUAUGUAAAUUAGGAUUUGGAAAAGUAAAAUUAAAAUGGCACAUUACACCUUGAUACGAAAGUUUCAAAGGCCUUCUGUCCAACCGUUUUUGCUGGGCGUGGUUAUUGGAAUGGUAGUUACUGCUCUGAUCACUUUACCUAGCGGAUAUAAUCUCUCAUUAUUUAGAUCUUACGCUUCUGAAAGAAAAAUAACUUCAAGGAUAGGUAACCACUCAAGCGAUGACCAUCAUCAUCGGAUGACAAACAUAAGUCUUUCCAGCCAGCUAUACAACGAGGUAAAAGUGUUGUGUUGGAUACUAACGGGUCCACAGAACCACGAGAAAAAAGCGAAGCAUGUGAAAGCAACGUGGGGCCAGAGAUGCAAUACUUUAAUUUUUAUGAGUACAGAAGAUGAUCCAUCCCUGCCAGCUGUAGCUUUGCCCGUAAUCGAAGAUAGAAAUAAUCUAUGGGGAAAAACUAAAGCAGCGUUUCAGUAUGUUUACGAUCAUCACUACAACGAUGCCGACUGGUUCUUCAAAGCUGACGAUGAUACGUAUGCUGUGAUGGAAAAUCUGAGAUACCUGUUACGUGACUACGAACCAACAGAUCCCAUAUAUUUCGGAUUUAGAUUCAAGCCUUAUGUCAAACAAGGAUACAUGAGCGGCGGAGGAGGUUAUGUUCUGAGCAAAGAAAGCGUCAAAAGGUUUGUUACGGAAGCGUUGCCAAAUCCAGAUAAAUGUAAGAAAGAGAAUACUGGGGCUGAAGACGUCGAAAUUGGUAAAUGUCUGGAAAAUGUUGGAGUAGCUGCUGGAGAUUCGCGUGACGCGGAUGGUAGAAGUAGGUUUUUACCUCUUUUUGCCACCGACGUGCUUAUUCCGGGUGCUAUGGGCAAAGAGCACUGGUUCUGGAGCUACCACUAUUACCCAUUCAACGUGGGUAUGGAAUGCUGUUCAGACAACAUAAUAACUAUUCACUACGUAGAUCCCUACAAAUUAUACCUACUUGAGUACCUCAUCUAUCACGUACAACCGUUUGGAAUCAGUUAUAAUCCAGAACUACCUGAAAAAGGUGUUAAACAAACUCCUGUGGAGAAAGAAAAAGCCUCGAACGAUUCGUGGGACGAAUUUGAAGGAAAAUAAUACAAUUUUAAUGUUAUAAUAACAGCUUUGACAGAUAUUAUGAGUUAUAUCAACUUUAUGAUCUCCAGAUGUACUGUACGAUCGAAAA